AUGGACUCUCAUUUCACGUUCUUGACGUCCACGAAUCCGGCGCUAGGGGAGGCCGACAUUAAGCAGAUGCGGGCUCAUGUCACGCGAAAGAACUUUGAGAAGCGACGUGAACGCUUAGAGGGUACUAUUAGUAGAUCCAACAAGGCGAGACGUACGCGACACCGCCAGCCGGAGCAGCCAUCUGACAAGCUGCGAUUGGCGAGAAAGGAUAAAAGUCCAUCGCCGGAUGGGUCCGAAAAGCAGUUUCGUGUUACUGUUUCGCCGUAUACUCUGAUAUCCACCGAGGCUAAUUACGCGAGCAUUUAUCAAUUCUACCGCUCUUUCCGGCCUUUGCUUCUCACGUUGGCGGCGGACCAGGCUACCCUGAUACGAGAAUGGUCGUGGAUGCAGCUGAAUUAUGCCGAGCCAGCUCUUUUGGAGGCAUCGUUGGCCUUGGUGGCUUUUCAUGACAGUUUGACUGGUUCGGGCUCAGUCGGCGACGUGGAGAUGCACCAAGUCAAGGCUGUUAAGAUUAUCAAUUCCAGGUUGAAUAACCCUGCAACAGCGGUGACCGAUGGGGUUCUCGCGGCGGUAUUGACGUUGGCGCACUGUGAGCGUUUGGCAAAGAGGGAGAUAGGGUACGAAACUCACAUGAUCGGCUUCAGACAUAUGUUACAGGUCAGAAAACAGCAGCACAAUAAUUUUGAUGGCAUUUCUUGGUUUUCACAUUUGAUUCUCUCGGACACGACGGAAGAUAUAGCAAUUCUUCCCAAGCCAAGCAUGAAUAUAUCGCAUUUGUUUCUACCAAAGACUGUUCCUGAAACCAUCGACUCUAUAUCUCAAGACCUCUCCAGUCUCCGUACCGCCAUUGAGUACUCGAUGAGAUACGACACGGCGGAAGAAUUCGUUGCCAGGGAGAUCGACCAACGCAUCUUAGAAAUCCUAAAUAAUGCUGAUAUUUUGCGAAGCUACCCAGCAUAUAUAUCUUCCCUGGGUCUAUGCAUUCGCAUCUUUCUUCAUCUCUCGAGCGAUCGGUUUCCCAUAUCCGCUGCUGACCUCAGUGUCUUGACCUCGGAGCUAAAAGCUAUCCUCGGCGAAUCGGACACCCGACUCUGUACAUCAUUCGAGCUCACAGCCUGGCAGAUCCUGACUGCUAGUGUAGCAACAACUGCAGAUUCGCCAGCGGGCAGGUGGUUUAGAAUAACCCUCUGGAAGGUAUCGCGGGCGUUCGUUUUGAGUGACUGGUCUCGAGUGUUGGCUUAUCUGGACAAAGCCUUUAUACCUCAUACACGGCUACUAGCAGAAUUCAAGGCAGUUUGGACAGAAGUGAUGGAAAACCCAGUGUUUCAUAUUUAG